AUGAAUGACAAAUGUAUCAAUUUCCAUUUAGCUGGCCAUCGUAGUGGCAUUAGCCUAAAUAAUAUACAGCAAUUUGCUACUUGUGAUGAGGAGGUACCACUUCUUGGAUAUGAAAGUGGAGUAAAACCAUCUGCGACAUCUCACGAAGUAGGCAAAAGUAAAUCCUUUAUACCAACAGCAAAUACAUGCUGCUGCAGGUUACUGCUACCAACACCAUCUCUUGAGAUUGCUUUACCAGAUAAGGAAACUUUGUUGCAACUGUACGAUAUGGCUUUGUUAAAUGCAUAUUUUUGA